GAAAGUGGAGCUACGGAGUUACGGUAAAUAGAACACAGUUUCGAUUAGAUAAGAUGAAACGUAAAUAAUGAUAAGAUGAGUAAAACAUUCACAUCGCGCCCUGCAGUUACCCGCGGACGAGGCAGAGGUAACCAGUUGAACGCUCAGCCCGUGAAUCGACCUUUGGGUCGAGCCAGACCCCCCUGGGACAAUGGAAGGCAAUUCACGAGUGGGUGGGGCAACUGGAAACUCCGACGAUUUGGCACCUGGAGUGCAGGCAACCCCCGCUGAACGCAGAUUAACAUAUCAAGGUGGUUAUUCUGUGAUACCACCAAAUGAAAAGAAGAGACAGCAGAUUAUACAGAUUGCUCAAAAGGAGGAGAAAGCUCUCCAGGAACACAAACAAAGAAACACCCAGACUUCAUUUAACUAUGUGGGAACUGUUGGUGGAGGCCAAGUGAGUCAGCAAGAGUCUCGCAGUCAUCUUGUGCAGAGCUCACCAAAUAAAGUACAGCGCCAGCUACAGCAGCAGCAACGAAAAUCCUUUGUAAAGCAAAAAGAAGAAGAAGACAUUGUAAAACAUAAAGCCAAACAGAGAGCUGUGGCGGAGACAAAUGAGAGGCGUAAACAAGAGGAAGCAGCAUCUCAACAACAACGAUGGGAUGAACAGAAAAGAAGGACCAAUGAUGCAUUCUUGCGUUGACUGGAAAAUAAAGGAAAGAAGCAAGGUGCAGUGAACAGUCAAGGGCCGCCACAAACAGUUCAGACAUGGGAGACACAGGAGACUGAGGAAAGAGAGGAGAAUGAUGAUGAAUUUGUUCAAAGAAUGGGGGCAGCGAGUAUGGCCGAUGCUGAGGAAAACAGUGAAGAUUACGCCGGGCUGUCAGUGGAGCAGAGGAGACGACUAACCACCUUUCAUGUUUUGUUCCCCCAGUACCCUGUGGAUUUCAUUCGUGGUAUUUUAGAGCAGACGAACUUUUCACUUGAUGCAGCUGCGACAGUGCUCAGUGAAUGACUGUGAAUGACUGUGAUUAACUGUGAUUAACUGUGAUCUGAAACAAAAGCAUGCUGACUACUCUUUAUGUUUAUGAAUGUGUUCCUCAGAGGGCAUUGUAUGAAAACAUGUUUUGAUAUGUAAAAUCUCGUACAAAGGUGUCAGUAAAUUCUGUAGAAAACGUGUGUCAUCUGCAUAAAAAUCAAAUCAUUUGCUUCUUCUGUAACUUGUAUUUAUGUGUAUAUGUAUUGUAUUGUUGUUAUGUGUUAUGUUUGUUAUACACCUAUAUUAAAAACCAUGUGUAUUUUGGGAACACCUGCGGCGGGCUCCACACUUUCGGACUGGCUGUGUCUUGUAACUUAAAAAUAGAACUAGCUUGGGGUUGCACUUUGGUCAUGUCUUGCCAAGGUCAAAGUCACUGAUUCUCAAAAUAGAAAAAAAGUUCCAAUAAUUAAUCUCAGUUCGGAACAAGGUACGAAAAUUGUAAUUUUAAGUAUCUAAUUUUAGUCCACACAUGAAAUUGUAGUUUUAUGCUCCCCCAAAAUUUUUUGGGGAGAGCAUAUAGUCGCCGCUUCGUCUGUCUGUGUGUCCGUCCGUCCGUCCGUGCACAAUUUUUGUCCGGGCUAUUUCUCAGCAACUCAUGACUGGAAUUCAAUUAAACUUUAUGGGAAGCUUUACUACCAAGAGGAAAAGUGCAUAUUAUCAGCCGGUUCUGGUCGGAUGAUUUUUCACAGAGUUAUGGCCCUUUGAAAUGUUCCAUUAACUGUACAUAUAGUGCAUUUCUUGUCCGGGCUAUUUCUCAGCAACUAAUGACCGGAAUUCAAUGAAACUUUAUGGGAAGCUUCACUACCAAGAGAUGUGCAUAUUAUCAGAGGGUUCUGGUCGGAUGAUUUUUCCCAGAGUUAUGGCCUUUUAAAAUUUUCUAUAAAAAAAUUCUUGUCCCCCAAACUACUGUGCCCUCAAGACGUUUCCUUUUAUCUGAAUAUAUAGUGCAAUAUUGUGACAAAAAAUCCUUUUCCGUGUGUCCGUGUGUCCGUCCGUCCGUGCACAAUUUUUGUCCGGGCUAUUUCUCAGCAACUAAUGACCGGAAUUCAAUUCAACUUUAUGGGAAGCUUCAAUACCAAGAGGAGAUGUGCAUAUUAUCAGCCGGUUCUGGUCGGAUGAUUUUUCACAGAGUUAUGGCCCUUUGAAAUUUUCCAUUAACUGUACAUAUAGUGCAAUUCUUGUCCGGGCUAUUUCUCAGCAACUAAUAACCGGAAUUCAAUGAAACAGAUGUGCAUAUUAUCAGCGGGUUCUGGUCGGAUGAUUUUUUCACAGAGUUAUGGCCCUUUGAAAUUUUCCAUUAACUGUACAUAUAGUGCAUUUCUUGUCCGGGCUAUUUCUCAGCAACUUAUGACCGGAAUUCAAUGAAACUUUAUGGGAAGCUUCACUACCAAGAGAUGUGCAUAUUAUCAGCGGGUUCUGGUCGGAUGAUUUUUCCCAGAGUUAUGGCCUUUUAAAAUUUUCUAUAAAAAAAUUGUUGUCCCCCAAACUACUGUGCCCUCAAGACGUUUCCUUUUAUCUGAAUAUAUAGUGCAAUAUUGUGACAAAAAAUCCUUUUCCGUGUGUCCGUCCGUCCGUGCACAAUUUUUGUCCGGGAUAUUUCUCAGCAACUAAUGACCGGAAUUCAAUUUAACUUUAUGGGAAGCUUCAAUACCAAGAGGAGAUGUGCAUAUUAUCAGCCGGUUCUGGUCGGAUGAUUUUUCACAGAGUUAUGGCCCUUUGAAAUUUUCCAUUAACUGUACAUAUAGUGCAAUUCUUGUCCGGGCUAUUUCUCAGCAACUAAUAACCGGAAUUCAAUGAAACAGAUGUGCAUAUUAUCAGCGGGUUCUGGUCGGAUGAUUUUUUCACAGAGUUAUGGCCCUUUGAAAUUUUCCAUUAACUGUAUAUAUAGUGCAAUUUUUGUCCGGGCUAUUUCUCAGCAACUAAUGACCGGAAUUCAAUGAAACUUUAUGGAAAGCUUCACUACCAAAAGAAGAUGUGCAUAUUAUCAGCGGGUUCUUGUCAGAUGAUUUUUCACAGAGUUUUGGCCCUUUGAAAUUCUCUAUAAAGAAAUUCUUGUCCCCCCAACUACUGUGCCCUCAAGACGUUUCCUUCUGUCUGAAUAUAUAGUGCAAUAUUGUGACAAAAAAACACUUUGGGAAGCAUCAUCCGUCUCCGACGGUUUCUUGUAAGGCCAUGUUCACUUUUACUAAAAACGAACAAAUUGUUUCCUCUCGAUGACUUAUGUUUGGAUUGAGGUGUUGCACGGAAUUUGUUUGAGUAUAAUGCUUACAUAAAUAACUAGCUUGAGAUGUCGUUUGUGUCAGCCAGAUAAAAAUGGAGGUCACUUUUGAUAAAAACAAAGCACGCAGUCUCUGCUAAAUAACGCGUGUUUGAAUGUACAUGUAUACAUAUAUACCUAGCAUUUGAAUUAUUUUGGAGAAGAACGACACAAGGUCACUGUAACUAUGAAUAACAAUUUUCACUUAAUAUUUUUAUAAUUUUAGUUUAAAUGCAGAAUUGUCUUGAAAUUAUGUAACUUGGUUGCUUACAAAAGGCAGACCUAGCUUGGAAUAGCUUUUUUUUGUUGGGGGGGGGGGGCGGUCGAAUCAAGGCUAUGGUCACUUUGUUUUUUUUUUUCUUUAAACGCAAACAAUAAUUCUGCUCAAAAGCUUAAAGUUGGAUGGAGGAACUGCUGACACUGUGUAUGUAGGUAGCUUAAGUGCCUGCAGAUCCUACUUAAGAUUUGCACAAUUCCUUGAAUUAAAUUAGAUAUGUACGAUAAAAAGUUGUAGACCUGGUUCAACAACAAAGUUAUACAUCCUUCACAAAUAAAUGUUUAAAAGAUAAACUAA